ACGUGUGGUUCAGGAGAUCAUUGUGAGGGCUCAGUCAUCGUCAAACAUGAGACUCAACCCUCAAUCAGUGUGCAGGAUCAUCUUGCUGGCUGCCUGCUGUGUGCUGAACACAGACAGCACGUUUGUUCCGGGAAGAUGUUUGUGUCCUGAGACACAAGCCGGCGUGCGAGGCAAACUUCAGGAACUCAGCGUGUACCCCAAGAACCCAAACUGCGACAAAGUCACCGUGAUAGUGACACUGAAGAGCACCAAUGAGCCUGUGUGUCUGAGUCCAGCUGCUCCGAUGGGAAAACAACUUAUUCGAUGCUGGAAUAGAGCGAAGUCUCUGGGCCGCAACGUUAAGUUGUGUCUGAGGAGAAGGAAGAGGAGAGGUCAGCGGCAGCGUUCUCGACACCUUGGGAGAGCCGCAGAUAAACGCCAGUAGUGGAAACAGCGUGCAGCUACCGUACAAGAAGGGAGUGUGUGUACAUUGGACUUUGUUAUAUAAACUGAUAUCGGGGUCCUUCAAAAAAAGCAGAACUCUGUGUCAUUUUCCAUUUAGUGUCAGAACAGCUCAGGUUCUGUUGUCUGCUUGACAUGAGAUUGUCUUUUAUACAUACUAGCAGUAAGAGACUCUAUUUAUGUUCACU